AUGUUCAAAAGGCGAGUUUCCUAUUUUUACGAUCCCGAAGUUGGUAAUUUUCACUACGGUCCGGGGCAUCCUAUGAAGCCGCAACGGCUGGCUCUGACUCACAGUCUCGUUCUUCACUACGGACUGUACAAGAAAAUGGAUGUCUAUCGUCCUUACCGCGCUAAUGAGCACGACAUGGCACGCUUUCACUCGCCAGACUAUGUCUCAUUCUUGAAACGUAUCACUCCACACAAUACAGCGUCAUACACAGAUCACUUGACCAAGUUUAAUGUGGGCGAAGAUUGUCCUGUUUUUACAGGACUCUUCGAUUUGUGUUCUAUUUCAACAGGAGGGUCGCUUGAAGGAGCUAUCAAGCUCAACAAUGGACUGUGCGAUGUAGCUGUUAACUGGGCCGGGGGCUUGCAUCAUGCAAAGAAGUAUGAAGCAUCAGGAUUUUGCUACAUCAAUGACAUCGUAAUUGGAAUAUUAGAAUUAUUGAAAUAUCACGCCAGAGUACUGUACAUUGAUAUCGAUAUUCACCAUGGUGACGGUGUGCAGGAGGCAUUCUAUUUAACCGACAGAGUACUGACCCUUUCAUUCCACAAAUAUGGUAACUAUUUCUUUCCAGGGACAGGGAGUAUGUUCGAGAUAGGAUCUCAGCAAGGAAAGCAUCAUGCUGUCAACGUACCUCUGAGAGAUGGAGUCGAUGAUCAGAGUUACCUUUACAUUUUCCGUCCAAUAGUCCAAGCAUGCGUUGACAGGUACCAGCCUUCAUGUAUUGUUCUACAGUGUGGUGCAGAUUCAUUAGGUUGUGAUCGAUUGGGCUGUUUCAAUCUGAGUAUUCAAGGACAUGGGAGUUGUGUGGAGUUUGUCAAAGGGCUGAAUUUGCCUCUUUUAAUUCUUGGUGGUGGAGGAUAUACGGUACGUAAUGUGGCAAGGUGCUGGACAUAUGAAACAUCCCUGUUGUUGGAUACUCCAAUUAGCAAUGAAUUGCCUUACAAUGAGUACUUUGAGUACUUUGGCCCUGACUAUACUCUUCAUCCUGACACUCUGACACGCAUUGAGAACCAAAAUAACCGCCAGUAUUUGGAUCAGAUUAAACAAACUGUCACUGAAAAUCUGAGACUACUGCAGGCAGCUCCUGGAGUGCAAAUGCACCACAUUCCACCAGACAUAUUUACGUUUGAACAAACAAGAGAUCCAAACCCAGAUGAACGAGUGGCACAGAAAGAGGAAGAUGCAUGGGUAGAAGCAGACAAUGAAUUUUAUAGUGGUGACAAAGAUAUUGAUCGCGAUUCACUUCCUAUAGAUGUUUGA